AUCAUUGCGCAGAUUUUUUGUAUUAUGAAAUAACUGCGCAGCGAUACAUAACGACAUCAUUAAACGUUAUAGAAUAGGCCGCUUAGAUGAUAAAUGUGUGCUGAUAUCAAAACCUUAUAACGCGAACAGCAACAAAAAAUCUAUGCAUAAAUAUAAAUAUGAUAGAAGACCAUACUGAUAAUGAGAAACACAAUAACAAUUAAUAAAAUUAAAUACACAUUGCGCAUAAUAACUUCCUUCGUGAGGUUACUCCAAGCCAGUCAGUAUAAAAAAAAAAAAAGUUUUAGCAGAAAACUAGACGUUCCACGUGGUAGCGAUUGAGCCGCAUAGCGGCGAAUUCAUUAAACUGAUAAUGACGAGGGGACCAUCUGAAAGGGAACAAGGCGCGGUCACGAGGGCGCAAGGGAUAGAGACGGUCGGAGGAAAAUCCUCCCUAACAGUGGAGGGGAUACGAGAUGUUGGAUACAGCCUGUUGAUUCACAGCACUCGUCAGUAACAGUCGCGCCGCAUACAGAAUCGCGACAUACUAGUAGCGCGUGUCGAGUACGCGAGCAGUUUCUGAACAGGACGGAUAUUUAUUUCUUCUGUUUGUCUCAACGUUCUCUAAUCUUACAUGCAUGUCAAUACACAAACACUAAAGAGAAAAGUUGCAAUACCAACGAUCUAGAAAACAAAUUCAUCGCAUCGAAAACCUCCGAAGCGCGGAUCGCAGAUCGGACUAUUAACCAGACUAAGAGAAGCGAUCAGCGAGGAAGUCGGCUACUCGUGUUCAAGGUGUACAUGCUGAGGAGUGGAAGCCGUGCGUGCGGAAAUACUCGUGAUCGCCAUGAAACCUUGGACCAACAAAUCUCUAGGAUUAGGUGUCAUUGGACUGUUACUAGUAGUCUGUGGCACAUCUCUUUGCAUUCUCUGGCCAACGGUCUUUCAUCAGAUUCUCCAAAAAGGGUUGGCCCUCACGCCGACUUCAAAGAGUUUCGACAUAUGGAAGGACACCAGUAACAUCCCGCCGAUGUACUUGGAUAUAUAUUUCUUUAACUGGACCAACCCGCAGGAAUUUGAAGUAUCUGGAAAGAAGCCGCAUCUCGUUCAAGUUGGCCCUUACAGUUUCAGAGAGAUAAGACAAAAGGCUAAUAUCGUGUUUCAUCCUGAGAACAAAACCGUCAGUUACUUUCAACGACGAUCAUGGUACUUCGAUGCGGAGCGCAGCAACGGAAGCCUCGACGACAUCAUCAACCAUGUGAACGUCGUCGCUGUGUCGGCAGCGCACGCAACCCGCUACUGGGACUACAGUUUGCAGAAAUCGUUAUCCAUACUCCUGAGCACCACGAAAUUGUACGUCACGAAAACGGUGAACCAGUUGCUGUUCGUAGGCUAUCCCGACAACCUCCUCUCCAUGGGCAAGAUGAUGGUCUCCGAUAUUGACAUGCCGCCUUACGACCGUUUCGCCUGGUUUUAUAUGAGAAAUAAUUCCGCCGAGAUGGAUGGAUUAUUUAAUAUGGCAACUGGCGAGGACGACAUCAAACAUUUGGGGAUCUUAAGAAAAUGGAAUUAUAAGGACACAGUAAAAUAUCGUAAGAGUCCGUGCAACAUCAUCGAGGGUAGCGCGGGUGAAUUUUGGCCGCCUAACAGAAUGAAGGACGACAUCACUUUAUUCAGCGCAGACUUAUGCCGGCCGCUAGUUUAUGAAUACGAGCGGACAGUGUCACACUUGGGCAUCGAAGGUUACCGAUACAUAAUCGACAAGAAAACCCUCGGGAACGCAACGCGACGACGUUACCCGCACGAGCAAGCCAAAUUCUUCGAGCCGACCACGACGACCGAGGACUUUUUCGCGGCUGAGCACUCGAGCGAAUUCACGGGAAUCCCUACGACUACUGAGAGUUCAAGUUCCAGCUCCAGUGAGGAGUACUCGUCCGCGGACGACCUAUCCGACAACGACCCGGAUGUCAUCAAUAUGGGUCAUUGCUACUGCAACGGCGACUGCACGCCGUCGGGACUGAUAAAUAUAAGCGCGUGCCGUUUCGGCGCACCGGUCUUUGUCAGUUUACCUCACUUUUACAAGACUGAUCUCAGCCUACUCGAGCAAGUCGAAGGGCUGAACCCCAACGAUGAGGACCACAGCUUCUCCAUUACUUUAGAGCCCAUCACGGGAAUUCCCUUGGAAGUGAUAGCCAGAUUACAAAUUAAUGUACUCAUACAACCAUCAGACACUGUGUCGCUGUUCAAACACGUGCCCAAAAUCUACAUGCCGAUCUUUUGGUUCAACUUAAAAGUAGAAGUCAACAAGGAGAUGGCGUUUGAUUUAAAGCAAUUGCUAGCGCUUCCGACCGUGAUGCUGUGUACCGGCAUGAUUGUGGCAAUAGUUGGAUUAUGUUUGAUUGGCACCGUAGCGCUCUUGUAUCUUGUCAAGAAGCAACGUAUACCUCCAGUGGAGAUUUCGAUGGAGAAGACGGUUGACGAGUCACUCGAGAAGAAAUCGGAAACAGUGUACACGGACAAGAUAGCCGCCAACGAGGACGCCAAUGUCAGGAGCGAUCGCCGUUUGUACGCGAAGCUCUAUUGAGUAUUUUCUCGGGAAACCUCGUUUACGAGACUACGUAGGGGACAAGAAUGUGUAAUUGUGCGACAACUUUGAAACGUGGGGCUUCAAAGAUAUGUCUUGAAUAGAUUUUCAUGUGUCUUAGUUCGAUUGCAGCGAUCGUGUGGUUGACUGUCUCGAGAUAUAAAUCUCAGCUUGAUACAGCCAGCAUCGUGCAUGCCAUACCAUUUUCUACAUCGAGAAUUAUACACGAUUUCCAACCUAAUCUGUGCACAUAUGCACGCAUAUAAGUCGAAACUAUUAUAUAAGAACUAUUAUAUAAGAACAUUACGACUCUAUUGCUUUAACUAGGUCUUUUUUUACGUAUAAUUGUAUAACUUCUCGAUCUAUGAAAUAGUGCGGCAAACAUAACACUGGUAUAAAUAAUACAUAUAUGGUAUAGAAAGAGCAAAAAACAUUUGUGAUGAAAUUUGAAUAUUAAAACGUUGUAAUGGAUAACGUAAUUUAAAACGAUCCGGUACGUAUGCGCAUAUCAAUUCGUGAUCUAUAUUAAUAAGAAUACAAGCGUAGUUAGGUUAUUAAAAGUUAUUAAAGAGUUGUUGAAAGUUACUGUGUAAGAGAGUAAUUAUGAAAAAAACAUGAAAUUUAUAAGCAUGAUUAUGCAGGCGUAUACUGGUCGGAACAAUAAUGUAUGCAUUGGUUUCUGCGCAUGAUAAUGAUUUUCAAUUGCAUAGAAAACAAAAAAUUACGUCUUGAAUCAAUAUACAUCACUGACGAGAGAACCGUUUUCUCACAAUUUAUCUCGAGAUUUUACUCACUUUGCAGACGACGAUUGUGAUUGCUACAUUCCUACAUGACGUACGAUAAAGAAUGAUAUCGUCAUAAUAAUAUUCGGGUCGAAUAAUAUUCAAGUAUUGAUUGAAUGGUGCUCUAAGACUGACGAAAUUGAAAUAGUCGUGGCGAAACUCUAACUAUUCUCACUUGUCUGCUAGUAACUGUCACGCAUGUGCUUACAAUUAGAAUACAAUGGACUAAUCACAAAGGCAAAUCAAACUGCAGAUUUCAUGUCGAUUCGGUCGUUCUGUUGACUCAUCGUGACACCAAUGUUAGAGCUUUAACAUAUUAAUAGGUCGAUCAAGCGGCUUUCAUUGUAUUUGUAUAGGCGAGCAGAUAUCCACACUACUGACACAGCUACCGAUACCAAACCAACGAACAGACGCCAUAAAAAACGCAGUUGAAUGAAAGGAAAAGUACAAAAAACUUUAUGCGAUAAUACACUGUGCGAAAACGAAUAUAUCUUCCUACUCAAAUUUAUAAUCGCAAAGUAAACGAGAUGUGAUAUUAUUUACAGAGUUUAGAUAGAUGUGAUUGCCGAAAGAUGCGAGAGAUCGUACACAACGAAAUCCAUCGAUAUUUAAAUGUAUAGAUAUACGCGAGAAAUACGCUGUUUUCGUGUGAAAGAAUAUCUGUGGCGUGCCUUGGUAUUGUAAUUAAGUGUUAUCGUGUGGAUUCGGUGUUGUGUUCGAUAUAAGCGUUGUUGCGCACCGUAAGAAUGAUGUUGCAGUUUCUUGCUUUCUUUUCUUUUUUCACAGAGUGCGUUUGUGCGAUCGAUGUGAAAUUAAUAUGCGCGCCUCGUGAAAUUAGGGAGAAACGUCGAGCAAAGAAAAAAUUCCCGAACACAUACCUAAUCCUGGACAUCUUUAUAAUUUUGAUCUUUAAAUACGAAUAUUUGAACUUUCACGAUAUAGAAUAUGUGUAUGUAUAUUUUAAAGUUACAUAAGUAUAUAUAGUUAAAAUUUAAAUAUUCGCAUUUAGAAACCAAAAUUAGAGAUAAAAAUUACCAGGCUUAAAUAUGUAUCUGAGCAUUGAUAUUUUUAUAUUUUUUAAGUCCGUAUUAAUAGUUGUUACUAUUUGAAAAUUAUCUAGAAAAAAUAGAAUAUUUAGCUUUGAAUACAGAAUUAGAAAUGAGAGCUUUUCGCUUACUUCGCGUGCAGAUCACAGAUAUAAGUGUCGCAUACAUAUCAUAAUUCAAGUGGAAACUUGGAUCUAACUCUGAACAAAAUUCUCUCUGAGUAUCUCACUGAACGAGAAGUUUCAGGUGAUAAGUGAUACGGGUCUUAGCGAUUCCUUUCUCAUCGAUGUGUUACCGUGCGUCGAAUGUCGCGAAUUAGAAGUUCACUAUGCCAAUAUUUUCGUUACAGCAUCAUUACGGGAUAAGUCGUAUGGCAGAAUUUGUGAUACUGAGAGUUACUUUAUUUCUAUUUGUACAAAAGCAGCCAUCUACGAGUGCCAAUGACAUUUAGGCUAAGCGUUAAUACUACGAUGUAUCCGACCGAUGGGGAUAUCGCGGCAUUUCAUAUGUUACCGAUCCGAAGCAUGACCUCGCAAGCAGUGCAAUCGCGAUAUGUAAGAGUGUAUUGUAUGCUUUAAUGUCUAAAUAUAAUCAGGUAUGUUGCAUGCAGUACGGGCAUGGUUCACCGGACAAAAUCGUACGAUAUUGUAUUUGUAUUUUAAUAAAGGGUCCAUUUUUACAACACCA